AUGUUGGAGGCUGAGAGGUCCAAGGUUGUCGUUGUGGGCGAUUCGGGUGUUGGCAAAACUGCUUUGGUUCAUUUGUUAUGCAAAGAACAGCCUCUGUGUAACCCCAGCUACACUGUCGGAUGUGGCCUCGAAGUGAAGAUGCACCUUUUUCGGGGUGACAUGGGAUCCGAGAAGCCCUUCUUCAUUGAGUUGUGGGACGUUGGCGGGUGCAACGCGCAUGCGAACACUCGGUCUGUAUUCUACCACGCUGUCCAUGGCCUUAUUCUAGUCUACGACUGCACGAAUCGGAAAUCCCAACUAAACUUGAGAAAGUGGCUAUGGGAAGUUAUUCGCCAAAAUCCAAAUUGGUCCUCGGAUUCUGUCGCUUCGCUGGGAUCUUCCGCAUCCGGAAAAGUGUCCAACUUGUUCUCCAGUUGGUCACUUCUCGAUGUCGCCUCUAAUGUUGGACUACGAUACUUAGACAACAAGUGUGAUGAUGUUUAUGCCAAAUCAAACCACUCUUCUGCUUUGCCCUUCCCGGUGUUGGUUGUCGGAACAAAGAUCGAUCUUCUGGACUCCACUACGCGGCUGCAAAUCACCAAGCGUACUGGAGAAGGUAGCAACGGAACGGCGUGUAACGUCCCCCAUGGCUCCGCCUUCUCAAGUAACCACCACCAGGUCGACACUCAAGAUGCUUCAUCUGUUCUCAUGAGACCGCACGUAAACGAUGCUGCGCGUCAACCACGUACUGGAAGCGUUCGAGUCGAAAAACGGAGCACCUUGCCCUUGAGAUGGGUUUUCCGGAAAUACUGUUGUGCUGUAAUUCCGCAUCGUACAUCGCUCCCAACUCGUGGAACGCCGUCCUGUUGGACAGGUUUUUUGAUGACGUGGUUCAAACCAGGCUUUCGGGCAUAUCUUCUCAUGGAAACAAUUCGCCAGACACACUCCGCAUUCGUCGGUUUGGACCAAGUGCUGUGGAUGAACCAGAUGUUAUGUCUGGUUUAA